AAGUUUAACAUCAUUAAUUCAUACCCACACACUCUUUUUCUUACUUUUUUUUUUCCUAUUCUUUUCUACUCUUACAAAUUUACCAAUACAACACAAAACAGAGCCAGAAUCUCCGCAGUGUCUUAUGUAACUCACUCCACCACACUUUUUGUCCAACCCACAAAAUUAUAACAUGUUCUAGUACUCCGUAUAUGCUUUUAAGGUUGUCACUCUUUCUUUGGAAAAAAACUCAGCAAUGGUUUGUCAAGAAGAAUCUUCAUCCACGAUUGACCUUCCUACUCAUUCAUCCUCCUUUGCUGAAUCCAGCUUCCGUGAACUCGACGAUGCAUUCUUGCAGACUCAAACCAGAAUAUGGCUAGGAGAAGUUUUGCAGAUAAGAUUGGAUGAUCAACUCGUUACAUCAGAAUUACUUGCUGAUGGAGAAUUGCUGUUUCAAGUAUCAAAAGUAAUAUGGAAAUUGCUGUUGGAAAAGCAUAAGCUUAGGCACAUAAAAGCAUACAAAAAUCAUCCAUUUUCUUCUAAGAGAAACAGUGGCAUCUAUAGGCCUUAUUCAAAUGUUGAUUCAUUUCUCAAGAUCUGUAAAAUCUUGGGAUUGAUUGGGAUUGAUCUCUUCACUCCGUCCGAUGUAGUUGAGAGAAAAAAUACUCGAAGAGUUUGUAUGUGUGUACGAUCAUUCUCGAAAAAAGCUAGGUCUGUGAGUAUAAAUGUUCCUGAUUUUGAUAUUGUGACAUGUAUGGUAGCGAUGCCGAAAGAUAUGGUUGGAUGCAUCCGUAGAAGCAUAGAGCUGUCUCAGAGCAUCAAUGUAGAUUCUUCUGGCCAACAGUUACAGAAGCCUGCUAGUCGAAAAUCUAGUCAGGGUUACUCGGUUGCGAGCUGCAAUAGGGAUUACGUGACCUGUUCAGACCCUGCUAAUGACACAGGAAGCAUGUGUCUGUUUCAUGAAGUACACGCUGACGAUUUAUACGAUUACAAGUCGGAGAUAAGCUACAAUAUACCAUCUGUAAUGGGUGAAAGUGAUUUUGUGUUCGGAGAUUUAGAUCAAUUGGAUACACGAAAUCAACCGAGAAAUGAGAUUUUGAAUGAUGAGUUUGAAUUGUUAUCGUCGAUGGAAUCAUUAGAAUAUCAUUGCUCUGACAAUGUAGAACAAGAAUACGAUUGCAAUCUGAUUUGGGUGUCAUCUUCUUGUGGAGAUCAAAACGUCGACGUAAUUGGUAUGAAAUCUCAUUUUGAUACUAGAGUAGAGCAAGUUCAAGAGAGUAGGAUCAUAGACUACGAUUACUUUGAGCAUGAUUUGUUUAGAAAUAACGCUUCUGUCACCGGGACUCCUACAAAUGACAGAACUUCAGUUAUGGAUGCUACAUUAUUUGCAAAAACUAAAAAGGACUCUGAUAUGAUUGGUGAAAUAAAUAGUUUAAACACAACUCCGCAGACGGUUGAAAUAGGUAGAUGUUUUGAUAUUUCUGAUAAUACGGAGGUUCUGCAAGUAGCUGGCGUAAACUGUUUGGCUAGGGAACCACUGAAUUCGGGAGAUUUAUUUGACGCGGAGAAUAAUGAUCAGAAAAUUGAGUCCUUUGGAUUAUACAAUGACAAUAAUGAUCAUUGGGACAAGAUAAAAGAAUAUGAAGCUCAAGACAUAAUGAAAUGCAAUGAAUUGGCAUACGAGAUUGCUUCUUGUGCAAGAAAUUCAUAUUCUGUAAAUAGAUUUGAGGAAAUCGAGCAUUCAUUAUAUUCUCCUGAUUGGUACUUCUGCAAUACUAAUUCUUCAGAGAGAGUUGUACAUCGUAGCAAUGGCAUUAGCUCAACUCUACGGAAAAAGUAUCUAGCAGAUGAAGUCGUGGAGUCACAAGUUGAUUCGAGGUGCUCGGAUAACGCUAGUUGCGACUAUUUGCCUGAAUUUUGUAAAUGGGAUCAGAAAGGAAAAAAUGCUACAGCAUCAAAUAGAAUGAAAGAUAGCCUAAGUUUAUCAUAUUUUUUGGAAGAUGUCUCUCAAAAAGAAACUUCAGCACCUAACAGACAAAAGGAUUCUGAAGUUUUGAUGUCCAAAAUUAUGUUGCCUUGCGUGCCAAGCAAGGAAGAUAUAGUUAGUGCGGCCGCUAUUAAUUUAGACAGUGAUGGUAAACUAAACAAUGGUUUUUUGGAUCUUGCAUCUAGUCCUCUAGGUGUAGAUAAAUGUGAAAAAGGUCCAACUCAAGAUGGAGAGACUAACGAUUCUUGUGAAAAAGAUGUCGCAACAGAUCAAAGCUCAAAACUUGAAUGCAACGAGGCUCAUCAAGCAUCUCAAUACGACACGGAUCAUGUUUACCCUCCAGAACAUUCUCGGGUGCGUAUGGAACAGGAAGAAGUAAAACCAGAAGAAGACAGAAUAGAAAUACCAAAAUCAAAAUCCCAAAAGAAACUACUGCUAAGAUCAGUCUUAGGUGGUGCCACUGCUGUUGGUUUGUUAUUCAUGUUUCUCAACCUAAGGAAGAAUGGUGGAGAAAAAGAUGCACAACCAAAUAAGACAUCUAGUCAUAAAAACAAAGAGAAAAUUCACAAACACUCAACCAAGAAAGUAAAUAGGAUGAGUACAACAAAAGAGGUUUAUCCGGCUGAAAAACUCGAGUUAAAAUGAUUUUUUUUGGUUAAGCAGUUUAGUGGCUAAAAUCCAUCUUAUUAAAGAUGAAAAAAUGGAAUGUCACGGGUUCAAAUGCACGUCUGCAUUCAUAUUCCUAUACAACUAUCAACUCAACUGUCUUAUUACACAUGUUUUAGUAUAAUAAAAACAUUGAAUCUAAGUUGAAAAUUUUAAA